AGAAGAAGAAGGAGGCGCAUGACACUGACAGCCUCUUGUCAGCAAAGCUUGAAAUCCAGCUCCAACAGCUAAAAAGACAGACGUCAGACGUUGAUCGCCUCCUUCACUAGACAAGAGUUUGUCGUCUAACGUUAGUGGACAUGGAGGAAGCCAAUCAAGAUGCCUUUGACAGAGCCAGGCUGCAGGUGAUCAAAGACGGCUAUGAGAAGGCAUUUGAGUGCAUCAAUAGAGGCCUGACCGAGGAUGAAGCUGGCCACAAGGCCCAGGCCCUGGCCCAGUACACAAAGGGACGCCAGCACCUCCUCAGGGCCAUCAGUGUGCCCUCACAGGGGCACGAGUGUGUGGGGUGCUCCUGGGAGUCAGCUCGCCAGAUGCAGCACAAGAUGCAGGAGACUCUGAACAACAUCACCACUCGAUUGGCGGUCCUAGAGACUAGCCCAGACCCUGAAAUCCCACCACCUCUAGAUGCCUCUAAUGGAGUCCCCGGGACAGCAUCUAACUCUUACCUUUACCCCAAACUGGAGAAGGAGAAACCAGAGCAGCGAUCUCCACCCAAGCUACUAAUGACUAAUUGCCAGGCUGGAGCUGUGGGAGACAUUGUGUCUCCCUCCCUGCCUCUUUCUCCCACUAGACAGCCUGUGGUGCCUGGCGAUCUGCCCCCAGCCUACUCCUCCCAGGCGGCUGAUGGCCACCUGACUAUCUCCUACGGGACAGAAUCUGGAGAGAUGUCGCUGGUAGGAGAGGAGUUUUACAGCCACAUGUCCCCCUCUCCUCAGAGCCUGGGGGAGGAUGGAGAGGAACUCUUCUUCCUGUCUCACGGGGUACAGAUGUUCUUUGUCACACCUGACGGCCAGGUCAGCGCUCCCUCCUACCCAGGGUACCUGCGGAUGGUCAAGUUCACCAGCCAGCAGUCAGAGAGAGUGCCCAACCGCCCACCAGCCUUCCUGCAGGUGUGUGAUUGGCUGUACCCACUGAUGGCCACUGACUCCCCUGUCCUGCUGUGUAACACAGGGGUGUUCAUGUUCCCGAACAUGAUGGAGUCUGCCGCGGGAUCCUACGUGGGCGUUGUGCUGUCCUCUGAACUGCCUGUUGAAGACAGACAACUGUUCCAGGACAUGCUGUCCCAGAUGACAGACCUCAGGGUGCAGGCUCCAAAUGAGGCAGCAGACGGCAUCAACCUGAGCCAGAAGGUGUCCCUCGCUCCCCUCGAGGAAGAAGAAGACCCAGCAGCAGGAGAGGAGGAGAAGAACCUGCCAGAGUGGAGUGAGAAGGUGGCCAGUGGCAUCCUCACAGGGGCAUCGUUGUUGAGCUGGGGCCUGGUGAAGGGGGCUGAGUUCACUGGCACAGCCAUCCAAAAGGGGGCCUCGAAACUGCGGGAGCACAUCACCCCCGAGGACAAGCCAGCCCAUGUCAGCCCCUCCGUCUCCAAGGGAUUGCAUGUAGCCAAACAGGCCACCGGGGGCGCUGUCCGCGUCAGCCAGUUCCUGGUGGACGGCGUGUGUAUGGUGGCAGGGUGUGUGGGUAAGGAGCUGGCUCCCCAUGUGAAGAAACAUGGAAGCAAGUUGGUCCCAGAGUCCAUGAAGAAAGACAAAGAUGGACGAUCCAACAUCGAUGGCGCCAUGGUGGUGGCUGCCAGUGGAGUUCAAGGCUUCGCUACCAUGUGGACUGGUUUGGAAGUAGCAGCAAAGAACAUCACCGUCUCUGUUGCCUCCGAAACCGUCAACACUGUCAAGCAUAAGUAUGGGGUAGCAGCCGGCCAGGCCACAGACCAUGCUGUGAACUCUGCCAUUAACAUGGGCGUCACCGCCUUCAACAUUGACAACCUGGGCAUCAAAGCUGCGGUGAAGAAGACUGGCAAACAGACGGCUGUGGCCAUUCUGCAGGACUACCAGCUACAGGACCCUAACACUAACCAGAAACAAGUGGAGAAACGGGACAAAUAGGCCCCAUCCAGGAAUAAGUUUUAUGUCCCAAAUGGCACCCUAUUCCCUAAAUAGUCACUACUUUGGACCAGAGCAAAAUAUAGAGAAUAGGGUGUGUUUUAGGACACAGUCAACCCCAAGCCCCAUGACACUUACCCCAGUCCUACCCACAGAGCACUGGUGUAGAUAUGAGAGGACUGGAUAGGUGUGAGCAAAACGGCAAAACUUCUACUUGCCUAGUCUGUCAUAGGGAAAGGCUGAGGUACUACCAUAUUGAUUAAACGUGUCCAUUUUCUUUCAGAUGAUACCCUAGUGCCUAGAGGGUAGAGGCUAGGACUUGCGUCCCAAAUGGCACCCUAUUCCCAAUGUAUAGUGCACAAAGGGAAUGAGGUGCCAUUUGGGAUGCACCCAUGUCCUCCUCUCUUUCCUUUAGAGCCUUAAUUAACACACAAUUUGUAUUCUUCUAUAAAGAAAUCUAUACAUUAUUUACAAUACAUAUUUUAUAUUUACAUACUAGUUGACUAAUAGCCUAUAGAUAUGUUACCAGUGUUUGAUACAACUGUUAAGCACUUCAAUCUUUAUAAUGAAUGGUAUGACAUUAUAAUGUCAUUAAUAUAAUAACUAGGAGGAACAUUAUGUAGGUAGGCUGAUGUAUUAUUGCUAAAUGAUUUGUCUGCAAGACACUGGAAUAGAAUAAGUCACGUAUGUGAUAGAAAUAUAAACUGAUAACAGGAUUCUUUUUUUUUUUUUGUUUUGUUACAUUUCAAGACUACUGCUGUUGACCUAUUGUAGUAAUACUGUAGUAACAGUAGUAGUAUUACUGCAGUAGUACUGUAGCCAGCAGCAGCAUGCUAACUAUGUGCUAUAAGAAUACAUGUUUGGGUUCAUUUUAAUCAAUGAAAUAAUGUUAAUGUGUGAAACAAGAUGAAUCCAAGCAUGCACAGGAAUAUGUGUAGUUUGUAUAGCUGCUGAGGGUACUGGAUAAGAUUGAACAAGGUAUACUCUUGUCAUAUGACUUUGUAAUGCAGAGGAAAGAAUCAUUCCAAACGUAGAACCAGGGGAGUGUUGAACUGGUUUGAGAAUGAUCCUUGGCUUGCUUCGUAUGCCUUAACCAGUUACUACAUGCUCUAUGCUACUCUAACCAAACAAGGCCACGCUACUUUCAUCUUGGUUGUACUUGUUAAAGCUGUGAUAUUAAUUUUCUAUGAAAGUACACUUUUUUUUCACGUGAUGCAAAGAAAGGGAUAUAUUUUUUUUUAACUAUGACUCCUGGAAGAAAUGAUUAUGGCAAAAUUAUAGCUAUAAAUACAUCAACUGUUUUGGCACAAUCUGUACGUCUGUGGGAAGUUUUGGAGUGUGUGUUUUAAGAUUAGUGUCGCUGUACAUGUUAUGUUCUCAACAUACUGUAUUUAACUUGUAAUGCUGUCUACCAUUCAUGAUUGACCUUGGGCUGAUGUUGAUUCAACAUGAAUUGUCUUCAGUAAUAUUUCCCCUUAAGGGUUUAAGUGAAGGCAGACUGUCUUUCUGGUGUGAAUUUGAAAUAUCAUGCAGGCAUUGAAUACACACCAGCAUUCUUUUCAAAAUAAUGUCUCUGUGCUUCUGUGGCCCUAUGUGAUCAAAUAGUCACACGGUCUGAUGAUAAACGAAAUAUCUGAUGGGUAAUAAAAAGCUAUUGAAGAAUGA